AGUGCGAACACCAUAUGAAUCAAAAUGAAAGCGAGAUAUUGAGUCCAAACUAUCCCAACAAAUAUCCGAAGAACUAUCGGUGCGUUUGGUAUAUAACAGUCGCCGACAAUAAAUACAUUGCGCUUAAAGUGAAUACUUUUCAUACGGAACUCAAACACGAUUUGGUCUCUGUAUAUGACGGUCACACCGAAGCGGACGGUCAACUGUUGGCCACUUAUAGCGGUAUUGCCGAAGACUAUGAUUACACGGGUGUACCCCGUAAUGGCAUGACUAAAUUCAGAUCGGUCAUAUCCAGCGGCAAUAAGUUGCUUGUUAAGUUUCGCACCGAUUAUGUUAUUGAGUGGAAAGGGUUUAAUAUCACCUACGAGUCCAUUGACCAAGGCUGUGGACUUACAUUAAAUGCGACCAGGAAGGAAAUAGUGAGCCCCGGUUACCCAGGUGAAUACAUUUUUGCACUGGUGUGCGUGUGGAACAUAUCUGUGCCCUCAGACAUGAUGGUUAUGAUCACAUUCGCUGACUUCCAAACCGAAUACAACUUCGAUUAUCUCCGUAUUCACGACGGCUUCGAUAGGAACAGCAGUUUUGUCACUUAUACAGGAGAUAACAUUCCUCCACAGAUUAUAUUUGUGUCCAAUGAGAUACAUAUCAUGUUUAAUAGCGAUCAUAAUAAGCCCAGGCGUGGCUUUAAUCUCACUUACCAUGCUUUUAAAAAGCCAGGUCAAAAUAAAGAGAUUUACGAGGCGUUUACUGAUAGCCAAGAUAUGACAGAAUAUUCUGCACGACCGUUGGCUUACAUAAGCAUAGCAUUAAAUGCAAUGUUAGUAAUCGUGGUCAUAAUCUUGGUUUAUAGCUCAAAGGAAAAAUAUAACAAUUUGGCCACAAAUAUAAUUGACUCACAUUGUAAAGUAUUAAUUAACAAAUACGAUAAUCUCGAAUGCGAUGAUGAUAAUGGAGAUAAUUGCAAUAACAAUUAUUAUCCAGGUGAUAGUAAUGAAGAUCAAUCAAAC